CUGCGGGUCGACGGAGUUCAUGCGCAGGAGCGACGACAAGAUCGUCGGCGGCGCCAUCCUCUACGACCCCGCCGAGCACGCCGUCCGCGUCUUGCCCUCCAUGGUGGAGUACAAGUUCUGGACCCAGUCGUUCGCCGUCGGCGACGAUCUCUACGUCAUGGAGACCGGACAACGCGCGCGUCUUGGUGUCCACCCACAGCUACGGCGCAUACUCGUUCGACACGGCGAGCGCCGCGUGGAGAAGGCCGGCGACUGGGCGCUGCCCUUCCGCGGCCGCGCCGAGUACGUCCCCGAGCACGGCCUCUGGUUCGGCCUCUCCGCGGCGGACGACGGCGUGCUCGGCGCGUGGGACCUGUCCGCUUCCACCGUCGCACAGCCGCAGCCGCCGCCGGCGGCGCAACCCGGGUGCGGGGUCUUCGAGGUGCCGGAGCCGGAGGCGCCGUACGGCACGAACGUCGUGCACCUCGGCGGCGGCAAGCUGUGCGUCGCCAAGCUGUACAUGGUCGCGCGCCCGGGGACCUGCAGCUGUCCUUGCUGCGUCGGCGAGGAGGACAUGAUGAAAUUUGCCAUGCUCACCGGCGUCGAGGUGGCGCGCGGCGGCCGUGGCGGGGAGCUCAGCAUCGUCAAGCACAAGUCGUGCCGUUACAGCUUCGGUGAACACCACAUCCCCUGUUAUGUACUCUAAUACUAGUAGGUAAUCCUACUUAGGGUAGGGUGUGUUUUAGAGGAGAUGAAAAAAAAAAGAUACGCAAAAUGAGUGAACUAUUAGCACAUAAUUAAUUGAGAAUAAACUAUUUUAGAUUUUAAAAAUAAAUUAAUAUGAUCUUUUAAAGUAACUUUUCUAUAAAAAAUUUUUAUAAAACACACACUGUUUAAUAGUUCUGGAAACGUACGCACCGA